AUGUCUUUUCGACAACGUAAAGUUUGGUCAAUUGCGAAUACAGGAACAUUUGAUAAUCUUAAGCUUGAAGAAGAUCAAUUGCCGCCGCCACCACCUCAACAUCUUUUAAUAAAAGUUACAGCCAUUGGAUUGAAUUUUGCAGAUAUAUUUGCCAUAUUUGGACUUUAUUCAGCAACUCCCAAAGAAAAAUUUGUUCCCGGUUUAGAGUUUGCAGGUGUUGUUGAGGGUGUAGGAGAAGGAUUACAAGAAUUAGAAUGGUUGGGUAAAAGAGUUUACGGAGCUACGAAAUUUGGUGGUUAUGCUACAUGGAUUAAUCAAAGAGUUGAAUAUGUUAAAAAUACACCAGACGAUUGGACAGAUCAACAAGCUUGUGCUUAUGUGGUUCAAGCGAUGACAGCUUAUUAUGCAAUAGAAGAACUUGGAUCACGCAAAGAGAAUAAAGUAGUGUUAGUACAUUCAGCAGCAGGAGGUGUCGGAUCACAUGCAUUGUCUAUACUUGAUAAAAUAUCGGCAAAAGCUGUUGGUACAGUUGGAAAUGUGGAGAAAUUGGAUUUAUUGAAUCAGAAGUAUGGUGACAAUCCGAAUUUUGCAUUUAUUCUUCGUUCUCCAGCUAAAACUUUUGAAAAAAGAGCCAGAGAAGCAUUAAAUAAAAUAUGCAAUAGUAGCAGUGAUGAUGGUGGCGAAGUUGGCGGAUUUGAUUUGGUGUUGGAUAGUGUUAUGGGAGAAUGGUUUUGGCCCAAUUAUAGGUUGAUGGAUAAAGAGGGUAGAUUAAUAUUGAUAGGUGCAGCAAAUUUUACUCCUACAGGAAAUCUGCAUUUUCUUUGGAAUGUAGUUGAAUGGGUGAAAUUAGGGUGGAAGUUUAUUUGGAGACCAAAAAUAGACCCAAUGGAACUUGUAUCCUGA